AGAUAUUUUAACUAUUUGUUGUCUCUUUCUACCUACAAAGAAAAGUAACUGUCAAACUCCAAAUUGAUUUUGGAGUCCUCAAGCGGGAAUCGUAUGAAGCUCCGGCUUCAGAGAUAAUGGCAUAUCCAUAUGACAUAUCCAGUAUUGUUGCAUGGCAAGAAGCGACACGCUAGCCAAUUAAUCAUUUGCUCUUAUGGAAAAGUUGUACAUUGAUUGGCUACCUCGUCGCCUUUUGCCUUGCGACAAGUGUUGUCGCGUCCGGUGUGCAGAAGCCAUAAUAAGUGAUCUUACGUAUAGAGAUAUUAGAGAUUAGAGAUCAGUGAUCUAUUUACGUAUAAACAUCAGUUAUUGCAAAGUAGGCAAAGAAUAAUGUAAUAUAAAAGUGGUAAUAUAAUUUAAUAGUAAAUGUGUGUGAUAUAAUUUUCUGAAUUUGAAACAAUCUCCAGAAAAAAAAGAUAAAAUCUACAAAUAUAUGAAGACUGAAAAUAUAAAAAAAGAAAAAUUUGAGAGAGAACUGUGAUAUUGCGUCCUAUCUCUGUAGACUGAAAUUCAUUUAAAAAAUACAAAAGAAAUUAUGUUUUAUGCUGAUACUAAGUAAACUAUAUAUUAUGCAUUGAUAUUUUUUCUUCUCUUACAAGUAUUUUUAAAAUACUUGUAAUAAAAAAUGAUAUUGAAUCUCACACAAGAUAGUUAUUUAGAUAACAGAAAAGUAAGAUAAAAUAAGUUUUAUAUCUCAUAUACUUCUAAAAGAAAUAAAGGAAUAAUGUCAAAACAAACAGGCAUACUAGAAUUUGAUAAAUGCAUUUUGUCUCGAUUGUGGUAUACAUCUUUAAAUAUUUCUCAAAUAAAUAAUGACAAUAAUUUCUUGAAAGAAUUUUGUCAUAAUUGCAUUGACUUGGCAGAAUUAAAAGUUGUAGUUGAAAACUUAAUACAUUCUGCUGAUGAAGAACAAUACCAAUGGAUCGCCUAUAUAUUGCUAUGGAAAAUCAUGAAUGACAAGUCUUCUAAUAUUAAUUGUGAUAUACAGCGCAAUAUUCAAAUACAAUUUGACUAUAUACAAAUAAAAAAUGCUAUAGAGCUAUGUGACAAUGUAUCAGAUUAUCCACUUAAGGAAUUUAUGAUAUUUUUCCAAAAUGCAAACAUAGAACAUAUUACAAAAAACACUUCAAACACUAUAUCCAAACAAAUUCUCACAUUCCUAAAGGAAAGUCUACAAUUUAAUCCAGGAAUUAUAUGUUGGAUUAUAAAAAAAUUAAUAUCCACAGUUCCAAUUAAAUGCAAUAUUGUUAGCAAUUUACAAGAUAUUUAUUUUUUCACAUUGAAAUCAUGCCUAGAACACAUUCCAGUCAGAAAAAAAUGGUAUUUAAAUCAUAAAAUGCUUGAAUCUUAUUCUCCAGAAACUGAUUCAGUUAUUUAUGGGAAUUUUUUAAAAAUUGUUUUGUGUGUAUUAUCAAAAAUGGAUGUAGAUACGAAUGCAGAAAUAGAAUUUUUAAAGAUAGUUUAUCCCAUGCUUUCAAAAGCAUAUCAUGUUAAAGAUAUUGAACUUGCAUUAUAUUCAAAGAAAAAUGAUAAAUUAUUCAAAGAAUGGUUUUUACUUUGGAAUGAAACAUAUGCAUAUUCCGAAAGUGCCAGUACUUUAUUUGUAGCAUACAAAAUCAGUGAAAGUAUAUUCAAAUCAACAAAAAAUUUUAAAAUACUUUUAUGCGAACAAGGAUUACUUAAAAGAAUAAGUGCAAGGAAAUUACAUUGGUUAAAUGAUAUUUUGGAUAUAUAUUAUGUUUUAAUUAUGAAAAGAAAAUAUAGUGAAGUUGAAUUAUUGCUCUCAUGUGAUUUAUUAAGGAAAUUAUAUCCAAUUUUAUUAUUAAAAGUAUUAAAUGAUUGUCCACAAGAAGAAAUCAACUCACUUGAAAACUGUGAUAAUGGUAUUUUCAUCUGUGAAUCUAUCAAGUUUUCCUUAGAAAAAUGUUAUCCUGAUUUAUACAGUGAUUAUGAUUUAAAUGAAUUGUAUAUGGUCUUAAAAAACUAUAUUGAAAUUGUGAAAUAUAUUUUACAUUGGAAAAGAAAAUGUUUUAUAAAAAUGAGAUUAAACAUCAAGGAAUUCCAAAGUUCACAAUCUAAUAUAAUUGAACAUAUAUCUGUAAAGCAGAUUCUUGCUCUUUUGCAAAAACAUAAUGUUCUUUCUGUCUUGAAGAUAACAACAAAUAUACACGAUCAAGAUUACAGUGCAAUCACAAAUUUAUUGGAGAAAUCUGGCCAAUCUGAAACUUUUCAAGCAUAUUGUUGCAUAAUAAGCGCCUUAAAAACUAUUUUGUUAUGUGAAUUUUAUAACACAGAACAUAAACAGAUUGCUAAAUAUUUUACUGACAUGACAUCAUAUUUAUCCUCUUUGUUCCCUUUGUCAUUGAGGAUUCAGACAAUAGAGAAUAUAUUUUCCUUAUUAUUUCUACGUUACGAAAAUUUUAAUAUUACAAAUGUCAAUCCCAAAGAUGAUAACUACAAUAUAUCGCUCGAAAAAACGGAUAUCAGCAAAUUGAUAGGAUAUGAGAAGUCAGGCUUUAUAAGUAACAAAUAUAUUAUAAGAGACAUGCUGCAUUAUUUAUGGAAUAGUACUUUAGUUGCAACACAAGAAAUCGAUAAACUACAAAUACUCGGAUUGCAUAAAGAGGCACAACAACUUCAUGAAAAUAUAUCUAUCUUUACAUCAACAUUGAUGGAUGCUAGAUGGAAAUUGAAAUUUUAUAUGAGAUCUCAUUUUGUCGAAAACAUUGGUAUUUCACAAGACGAAUCUGAUAAUGUUACCGUUACAAAUAAAUUAGAAUCUGUAAUGUUGGAAAAAUUAAAUCUUCCACAUCACACCAAGGAAGAUAUGUUCUUUUAUAAAGAGGCUAAUACUUCUGACGAAACUAAAAUUAAAUCUGAUAGCAGUUCAGAGUCUGGCUUAUUGGCCGGCAAUACUAAACGCAAAAAACGUUCCAAAAUUACUGCAGCAACAGCAGAUUUUUUAGCAACAAAAAAGGAACCAUCCAUUAUAAAUUUAAUGCUGGCUUCAAAAGAAAGCUUAGUUUUACACUGUUUGUGGAGAAAUGAUUUUCAAAAGGCACAGGAAAUAAUUGAGAUGUCCCAUAUGGAAAAUACGCAAGUAGACGGCGAGAUUCGAUUUUCAGAAGCGUUUUAUACAUUUAAGCAGGAUAUAUCUAAAUACUUUUAUACUUCAAAUACAAUAGACUCCUCUAAAAAAGAUUCAGGAACUUCCAUAUUAGAGACCAUAAGAUUGAUUACACAAGAAGCUGUACAGUCCUCUAUCAAGCAACUCGAAACAUUUCUAGCAUCUCAGGAAUUACAUUUACGAAUGUUAAAUACAGAUGUAAAUAGUAAAAAAAUAUUAACUUUUAGCGUGCUCGACUUGAGUUUGACUAUUGGCAAAACCCAUAAGAUAUCAAGUAACCUUUGUGAUGUAGCCAUGAAAUAUUUAAAAUCACAUGAAACGUUUGAUGGCAUAGAAUAUGCGAAUUUCUUUUUAAAGAUUUAUCAAUUGUUUUAUGACAGUAAGAAUAAUAUGUCUGUAACAAAUAUACUGUGUGACUCCAGAAUUCCAUUGUACAUUAAGGAGUGGAAAGAAAGAAACGACAUUUGGAGUGAUUUUGAGAAUAAUUAUCGCUCAUUUCGCAAUCUUGAAAGAACUGGGAUUGUCUCGAUGCAAUAUCGUGACAAUAAUAAUUAUGUUUUAGGAUUAAAAACGAUAAAAAAGGUGUCUGAUAUUUUUAACAGUGAUAAAAGAUAUUUCCAAAAUAUUUAUUCUUAUCUGCAGCUUGUAUGCACCAUUAUUCCAGACAUUGAUGAUGCUAACAUAGUGACAGUGUUUGAUUUAUUAAAGACACCAUUGUAUUGUUAUUUUGGAUAUCAAAUAUUCAACUUGAAGGUAGAACCGGACAAACUUGAAACAGUCGCUUCUAAUUUGCAAGUGAACAUAAUAUAUAGUAUACUUGUAAAUGCAUGUCCGAAAAUUUCAUAUUAUAAUGAAAAAAAUUAUUAUAAUAAUGUUAAGGAUUCAGGAUGUAUCAUAUUGAAUCAAAAACGAGAGGAAUCGAAUGUAAAAUAUGUCACAGACCCAAAUCAAUGCAUUUCAGAAAUAUUGAGAGAACUUCUACAGGUUCUUUAUGAUGUAAGUCCGGGGCGAUUACGUCUAGAUAGUUCAUACUUAAAAAAUAUUUCUAAUCAUAUGGCGGUGCGAGCAGUGUUAAAUAAGACGUCAAGUCUCACUAAUCUCGAUCUCAGCGAAUUGUCUGUAGGAAAUGAAACGCUGACGUUUUUCUUAAAUAUUUGGAAUGUUAUGUUCCUUCAUGCAAAUCUGGAUGUAUGGUCCAACGAUCCGCCUCUCGGCAACUUAAGGCGUACGGUUUCCUUGAUGUCGAUCGGCUAUAUGAUUGGUGAUCUAGGUCUGGUAACACUCGCCGCUCUCAGAUCAAAGCUAUUGGGCUACCAUGCGAAUGAUUUGAAGUUCUUUAUGUCAGUCGAGGAACUCAAUGAAUUAGCAUGGCAGGACUUAGAUCUUGUACAGAAUCCAAAAGUUAUCUUCGCUAUGGUUAACGAGCUUUAUGGCACGCCUGAAAUUCGUGUGUACGAGACUGAGAAGUUAGACGAAAACUUGAAUGAUGCAAUGCGCGAUUAUGUCUCUCAUUACUUGUCAACGAUGUCAUUUGGUGAUGAUUUUACAAAUAGUCGGACAAUGAGACGGAAAAUCAGCUUUACUGAUGUUAUACAAGAACAUUAUCAGAACGCGUUUACACAAAAUACUGGCGUCAGUGUCAAUAGGAAUCUCUCGCCGGAUGGAUUCGAAAUAUUAAACGAAAAUAUAGAUUAUGUUACAUACAAUUAUACAUACGAAGUAGUAUUAAGAUAUUCUGAACAUGAUAUAUCUAGGAUCAGAACUACCAGAAAUACUAUGGAAUCAUCACUUUGGCAAAUUCGGACGCUAAGAUCUAGUUUAUUGCAAUAUUUGGAACGCCAUUGUUGGUUACUCUCUUAUCUUGUACAAAGGAUGCAUAAUGAAAAUUCGACUAUUUUGGAGAAUAAUUACGAUAAUAUAAAACGUACUGCGUGCCUCGAGAAUCUUUUGAAUUCUCCAUGGGUCAAUAAAUUAAAAUUAUUAUUUGACAACAAUCAAACUCUCACUGCUAUUCAUGACAGCAUACCCGUGCAUGAAUUGUGGCAUUAUUUUGAGCAAAGAGGAGAAGAUCGUAGUAUGCAAAAUUCUUUAGAGAUUAUAAAUGCUUUACCUGACAGCGUCGUAAAAUACGAUAUAGAACUACAGCGCUUUAAGGAUUUAAUUCUUAUUUACAUACUCUCCAACUUAGAUGUUCUAUCUGUCACGAAAAUGUUGCAAUACUUAUAUCAAAUCAAAGAUAUACAUAUAUUAGUGCAGACAAUAUUGCAUAAUGUCCACAAAUGGCCCAUGGAUAUAUGUGAGCAUGCGUUAUAUCAUGCAUUGCAACAUGAGCAUAGUUUCAAAUUACCGGCUUAUUGCAAGCGUCGAGUAAACGGCAUCUUGCGCAGAAUAACAAUAUUUCAUAAAAUGAUUCCAUAUUUAAACAGAUUUAACAGUACAUGGUACGAUAUCAUGUACUGUACCGAAAAAAUAAAUUCAUUUGAGAUUAUUAAAUCCUUGAUUUAUACAGAUCAGUUCGAAUUGUGCUUGGAGUGGCUGGAAUGUCAAGCAUUCUCUUUAAAGAUACAAUAUCCUAUGAUCCAAGAUUUUUUGAUAGGUUUAUUAAAAAACAAACAGCAAGACUUUCAGCAAGCUUUAAAGUUUCUUCAGACAUUACCAGCAAGUCAAUCGGUAAAAAUAUGCAAAGGAAUUCUCAAAAGAUUAGAAUCCAUUAAUGCAUUGCAGUUUGUCACUAACUAUUUAUUGGAACAUUGCAAAGUAGCAGAUCAAUCCAAAUAUAAAAAAAUUUUAAUCAGUUUGGAAAUUUUGAAAAUGUUGGAGAGUAAAAAUAGAACGCCAUAUAUUCAUCUGAUAAAAGAACCAUUAUUAAUGCUGGAACAAUUAUUAAUGAAUUGUAAAAUUGAAAGUAUUCAAAAGAUUCUAAAUACGUUACAUGGAAAUUUACAGCACGCCGAUAUAAGCAUCAGUAACCUUGACAAAAUUAUAAGAUUUUAUGCUAGAAAAUCACUGGAUUUUCGCGUAUCUAUUCAACGUGAUAGCAUCGAAAGUAAAAUCAAAAAUAUUCCACAAUCUAAUUUAGAAGCUGAAAAUAAUGAAUUUAUUAUGCCUAUUAAUGUGCCUACAAAAGAAGAAUGGGUACCUAAUGAUAAGGCAAGAGAAUGCAGUUGCUGCAAAGCUGUAAUAUUUUCCAUGUUUAACAGACGACAUCAUUGCCGGCGGUGCGGUCGUGUUGUUUGCGCCAUGUGUUCUCAACAUCGUAUGCAAGUCGCUGGUUAUCCUAAUUCCGUAUUCGUACGCGUAUGCGACGAUUGCAAACGUCAAACGGUAUUGCAAAUGCACGCGGUGCAAAAUGUCUCUUCGACAUCCAACAGUGAGACGUUUGAUUGUUGGCGAUUGACGAGAGAUGAGAGACACAAUCGCACUAUAAGAGAAGAAUUCUCGUUCGAGUAUGCGCCAAAUAUUUCUUUGUGUCUCGCUAUUCUUAAUUUGCAUUCUGAUCACAAGAUGUAUACCAGCUUCUUGCUAGAUCGUUGCGAUGAAAUGAAGCAAUUGCUCCUACCUGUUGGCAGUGGCAGAAUAAACCCUGAAGUUGAUCAUGCAGUGAUCAUUAAAAUGAUACGUUCUCUAUUGGUCGCAGCUAAGGUGAAAUGUGCGAAACUUGGUUUUAAUACCGGUCUCACACACUGCGAUCGAUUCCUUUCACAAGUGGACCUCAUCGCGACUCUGAUCCAGUCCGAUUGUUUGACUCUGAUACCUAUGGAUGAUCUAGACGAACAUACGUUGAGAAAAUUGCGUGAUCUUCUUACUGAGAAGGAACAAUGGACAUUAGCAUUGGAUGUUAGUACGAAAGCGGGACUGGACACACAGGGAGUUUGGGCCGCAUGGGGUAAGGCCUGUUUGAAGGUAGGAUAUUUAGAUCAGGCGAGAGAGAAAUUUCACCAUUGCCUCGACAAAAUCGUAUAUGAGGAUUUUGACGAUUGGGUCGUGUUAUCUUAUUCCAAAGAGUUCGAAAAGAGAGAAUCAAUGGAAAACAGCACGAUUGUGCCGAAGAAAGACAAAAUUGCGAAUGAGAAAAAAAGAACAAAUGAAAGUGAUAAUAAUUGGAAGAAAAAAGAUUACUCGAAGUGUCGGCCUCUAAAGGAUCCACCGUUAUUGACUGAACUUUUGCAAAUAUUAGAUAAUUUGAGUGUAUACCGAUUCCAGAUACAACAGUCGUCUCAAUCUAUAUCCCACGCAACGCAAGAAAUCUUUCAUACACUUCACAACCUCAAAGCUCUUAGCCAAAAUCAAUUUAAUACUAAAUAUCUGACUCCUAUUAAUUUAACAGUUUACUACCAAGAAAGUCUGUAUUAUCUAUUGACAUAUGGAAGCUACAACUCCAUCUUACAGUUCUUUUUGAAGCAUAAAGAAUUUGAUAAAUGUCUGGUAUAUAUCUUAGAAAACGAUUUAGAGUGUGAUUUAUUUCUUAAUGGAGUUUAUUUAUAUUGUUUGAAGAAUGGCGACAUCGAUAAACUUCAUGACGUGAUGAAGACAAAAGAUCCCACUUUGUUCAUUUGGAAGAAGUAUUUAAUAUUUGUUUGUCAUUUCAUGGAAAAGAAACAAUAUUGGCAUAUUUUAUAUCAGAUACAGCUCUUUAUGAAGGACUGUAUAAGAGCAUCGAUGACAUGUAUCCAUUUUUAUACUAGCGAAGUAAAUUCCUAUUUAGAUUUGCACAACAGGGUACAUCUAUUACAAGAUGCCCAAAAACAUUUAGAAUCAGAAUUGCAAAUCGAAAGUUUGAGUAAAAAAAGAAAGAGCACAAGUUUUGCUCAUAGCAGUCAAAGUAUUCUGACAAUGGAGAUGGAACCAUCGGAAAUAGAUAGACAUAUAAACACUUUAUGCAGACAAAUGGAAAUUACGAAAUUUUUAGCAAAUUGUGAAAGAGAAGACCGAGCACCAAUGGAAUUUUUAAAUCUAUUUCCGAACAUUGAUAGCGACGAAUCUCAGAUAUUUGAAUUGCCUACAUUAUUUGGCAAUCAGCAACAGAAGAUCCACUUGGCUGUUCUAGCUAUAUUGUGUGGUCGUGAUAUUGGAGAAGGAUUCGGUAUAGCUUUCAGAAUAAUACAAGAUUAUAAUCUUCCACAACAGAAAAUAUAUUCUUUGGCUGGUCAUGUGUUGACUUUAAAAAAUGACAUAGUCGCGAUCGAGCAAUUAAUCAAAUGCUGUCGCAGCUCUGGAGCACCUAAUGCACAUGUAAUUUCUGAUCAUGUUUUAACACAUUGUAUGAAAUUAUUAUCGAAUCGUUUACAUAGUGAACAGAAUCCGGCUCUUAAAAAUCAAAUAGAUAUUCUAAUCAAAUUAAUAAUUGAUACAAAACUUAGGAUAAAUGCGUACAUUGAAAGCAAGCAAUUAAAAGCUGCAUAUCUUCUUGCUGUUAAAUACUCUAGUACACAAGAUAUAAAAAGAAUCUUGAAAGAAUCAGAUAGACUUGGCCAAAAUGCAAUUAAAACAAUAUGCCUUAAAUGGCUACAACAAGAACCAAAGAAAUAAGCUUCCAAAUUUAUAUUUUGAAGAAGAAUUGAGAAUGAGACAAUGUAUAUAACUUCAUGAUUGUUGACUGUAUAUACUUCAUGAUUGAAAUAAAAAUAAAUGAUCAUUAAGAUAUUUUAUAAAUAAUA